AUGGUGCAGUCUCCCAUGAUAUCGUGUCCUCUCAAGCAAACGGCAGAGAUCGACUGGAUUGCUCCUCUCAAGGGAUACAUCAGACAGACAUACGGUGAUGACCCGGAGAGGUAUUCGGAAGAAUGCGCGACUUUGAACAGGCUGCGGCAGGACAUGAGAGGUGCGGGCAAAGAUAGCGCUUCCGGGAGAGACCUACUCUAUCGAUAUUACGGGCAACUAGAGCUAUUGGAUCUACGCUUCCCCGUCGACGAGAAUCAUAUCAAGAUAUCCUUUACCUGGUACGAUGCAUUCACGCACAAGGCAACCUCCCAGUACUCUCUGGCCUACGAGAAGGCUUCCAUCAUAUUCAACAUCUCCGCCGUCCUAUCUUGCCAUGCCGCCAACCAAAGUCGAUCUGACGAUACCGGGUUGAAGACCGCAUACCACUCCUUCCAAGCGUCGGCUGGCAUGUUCACCUACAUCAACGACAACUUCCUACAUGCUCCCUCGACAGACCUGAGCCGAGAUACGGUCAAGACGAUGAUAUCUAUUACUCUUGCCCAAGCACAAGAAGUCUUUCUCGAAAAGCAGAUAACAGAUGGGAAGAAACCGGGAUUCUUGGCCAAGCUCGCCAGUCAAGCCGCUCAUCUAUACACUCUGGCGGCGGAAGGUGUUCAGGAAAAUGUUACCAAGGGGAUAUUUGAGAAAGCGUCACAUAUGACCUCUCUGGCAAGCUAUUACCAAGCUAUUGCUGACGACGAAGGCGGUAUACACGGUGUCGCCAUCGCACGAUUACAGAUAGCGGAGAAGGCGUCCACGGCUGCAAUUAGUAUGGCCAAGUCAUUUCCUUCCUCCGUCCCUUCUGGCUCUAAUCUCACGUCUGAAAAUGGCACCGUACUGCUGGAUAUGGUACGGCGACAGCUAGCUACCGUUCAAGAGAAGCUACCUUCGAUGAAGAAGGAUAAUGACUUCAUCUAUCACCACCAAGUUCCAGCUGAGGCUGCUGUUUCUCCUGUAGCCAAACUCCCCGCUGCCAAAGCUAUACCCGUCAGCGAACUGUACCAGGGCCAAGAUAUCCAGCGGAUAAUUGGCCCCGAUAUUUUUCAGCGUAUAGUCCCAAUGUCUGUUACCGAGUCGGCGAGUUUGUACGAUGAAGAAAAGGCGAAGCUCGUCCGGGCGGAAACAGAGAAAGUUGAAGCUGCUAAUGGAGAGAUGGCCGCCAGCUUAGACUACCUGAAGCUUCCCGGCAGUUUAAAUAUCCUGAAGGGAAGCCUGGACGAUGAGCUGACGGUCGAUGAAGAGUUCAGAACGUGGUGCGAAGAGGUUUCCUGUCAGGAACCGUUCAGAGGCACUCUCGAGGAUCUACAGGAUGACAAGACGUCGCUACUUUCCACCCUGGAGCAGUGUACCAAGCAGCUGGAUACCGAGGAGAGCGUGUGUGAGAAGAUGCGGUCCAAAUAUGGUGCUGAUUGGACACAACAGCCAAGCUCGCGCCUGACCUCGACUCUACGAUCGGAUAUAAGAAGUUACCGCGAGACAAUUGACGAAGCCAGCUCGAGUGAUUCCCAGCUGUUGGUCACUCUACGACAGCAUGAGUCCGACUUUGAGGAAAUGCGUGCUGCUGGCGAGGCUGGUGAGCCGGAUAUACUCUUCCAGAAAGCACUCAUUGCGGCCGGCUCGAGGCCAGGGAAGAAUGGUGCCAGCCCAGGAAGCCCUUAUAGCAACAGGGCCCUGGAAGGAAACCUCUUGGAGGCAGACUAUGGGGAAGGGGGCUUAUCUGUGGCAGAGCAGAUCGCAAAAGUUGAGGAACUGCUACGGAAAUUGAGCCUGGUGAAGAGAGACAGGAUGCAGACCUUGAAAGACUUGAAAGACAAGGUUCACAAUGACGACAUCUCCAACGUUCUUAUUCUCAACAAGAAAUCAAUCGCCAACCAAGAGGAGCAGCUAUUCCAAACGGAGUUGGAGAAGUUCAGACCUCACCAAAACCGGCUGUUACAGGCAAAUCAUAAACAGAGUGGCCUUAUGAAAGAGCUGGCCAAAGUAUAUGGUGAUCUGCUACAGGACAAGCGGGUACGGGCUGAGAAAUCAAAAUAUGAAGUACUCACCAAGCAGCGAAACGCGGUCACAUCCAAGUACAGAAAGGCACACAAGGCGUUCCACGAACUCCUGAACGGGCUAAGCCAGGCGCAGGCAUUCUACAUGCAAAUGCGAGACACAAUUGACAACCUGCAGCAGAAUGUCGAGACCUUCCUCAACAACCGCCGGGCUGAGGGCGCCCAGCUACUCAGCCAGAUCGAGCGAGACAAGGCCGCACAAGCAUCCGGCCACGAAGAACGCGAACGAGACAAACUGAAGAACCUGAUGGAACGAUUAUCUGUAGAUCCGGCCUCUUCACCAUCAUCGCCUCCGCCUCCACCUCCGCCUCCUGCGCCCAAACGGGCUGCUAACACGGCAAAAUCACCCACUCACCCCGGCCUACCACCACAGCAACCUCCAUCUCGAUCCCCCAUCACAGCCCAAUACCCUCCGUCCACCUCGACCAAUUAUCCACCUAUAACUUACCCAAGCGGCAACGGCAUGUCGCCCACUGAAGGCUAUGGUGGCACUCAACCACCCUACGCCCAACACAUGAACCCAGAAGCAUACAACCCCAUGGCCUACCUUUACCAACAGCCACCGACCUCCCCUCCGCCGCUGCAGCAAUACUAUGCUAGUCCGUCCUCGUACGGCGGCUACCCGGGCACAUCACCCGUCCCUCAGCCCCAGAUUCCACCCAGCCAUACUCCCCAAUAUCUACCACAGGGCUACGUGCCUCCUCCGCCGCCGCCACGCCACUCACCAGUACAAUAUAACUCACCUGGCCAGGGACAGGGGGGAUAUCCUCCUCCAACCAGCAACUAUCCACCCAGUCAGCCAUCUCAUCGUGCAAACCAACCCUCUCAAUCACAGUCACAGGGCGAUCCAUGGGCGGGCCUGAAUGCAUGGAAGUAA